GUGGUACUGUCUGGAGAGUGGUGUGGUUCUUAUGUAAGAGGUUCGCCGAAGUUGUGAUGUGGUAUUUAGACUACAUAAUCUGUGGUCGUGAUGUUAAGUGUCAGUCAUGGUUGAGUGGAGAUGGGCCUGUCGUAUAGUCGAGUAACUAGUGGAAAGCUUAUCAAGAUGCUAGUGGGGUUUAUCUUGAUCCUAUCACCAUGAUAAGAAUCGUUUUUUUUAUAAUAUAUAUCCAAAAAAAAAAGUUGUGCGUAGGCAUUGGAUAACCCCUCGUAAAGGUCAUCCGUGAAGUAGGGAUUAUGAGUUUUUGGAAUAGAUUGACCGACCAAAAAAACCAGCAGGACGCUGGUUCUUGGAGUCAGCACGAAGCAAGGUGUAAACUUAGGGCAUAUUCUUUAUUAUUAGAGGGCAAACGAUUAUGCUGAAAAAUAAAUGUACCUGCUGGGAUCAUUUAAAUUCUAUCGUAUGGGAGGAAAAAUAUAGGGAGGGUGGUCAGCGCCAGGGACAGGCGGGCUCUUGAAGUUGUAGGCUUGUGGGUACGAGUCUACAUGAAGACCUCGCUUUUUUUUCAUAUUUUUAACAGACCACUAAUAGAGCACUUGUUGCGUUGCGAUUGCCAUUGGUAUGGUUGUAGAUUCGACUUGCUCUGCGUGUGUCAGCAGGCGGAGGACGUAAGCGCAUCUGUUAUCUCUGUCAAGAGGAGGAGGCCGAUGAGGUCAGAAUAGGAGCGAUUGUUUCUGAUUGAUUGUUCGACUUGGCGGCCUGGGUCUGUAGUUAAGUUCCUCCGUUAUCCGUCUGUUUCUGUAGUCAAGUUCCUCCGCUAGCCUGGGUCUGUAGUUAAGUUCCUCCGCUAGCCUGGGUCUGUAGUUAAGUUCCUCCGUUUCAGUGAUGUUUUGGUCCAUCUCGGCUAUUGAAUGAUAUUAACCGAUUGGUUUAGGAUGCUGCUCUUUCGGAUUAGGCU